UCCAUUCUCAGUGAUGAAGAAUCAUAAAUUCAUAAGACCGAAAGGGACAAAAAAUCAUGAAGAAAAACCUUUUCUUAAAGAAAAAUUCUUUGUGGUGAUAUCUGGCAUGCUCUUUAAGAGUCAUUCUGCAAUCUUGCAACGUGCUUCUGGGAUCUCUCUUCAUUGUCGCUUAUAAGAACUUUAAAUUAAUGAUAAGGAAGCCAUUCAGGGCAUGGGCUGUGCUGAGGUUCACAGCUUUCAUUCUGAAUGAGGGAAUAAAGUAAACUGAUAUUGAAAGCAAGGAGGGAGAAACAAACCCAGUCAGUAAGCCUAUAAAAGUCUUAGCCAAUUGCAAUGGCGAACAUCCUGCUGGCGGGGGUGACCUUGAAUGAACUAAGUGGGAUAAAGUCACCAGCCUGGACUGACGGCUGAAGAAUCAGGCUGGAUUCCAGCAAACUGAGAGAGCGGAUUCCUGACAAGAGUCUCCUGAGCUGUGGCAAUGGCUUCUCGGUGUCGGAAAUGUGGACAACAGGUGCCCAGGAAUCCACCUUUCACUGCUGUCCGGAUAACAGAAGGAGAAAUGAAAUCUUACCAUGAUUUUAUAGGAGGAUGCAUUAGGCUGGAGCGCAUGGCAAACAAAGAUGAAAUCAUGCAGCAGGAGAUACGGCCGCUGGUUGCAGUGGAUAUAAUAGAGCAGCUCCACAGGCAAUUUGCCAUCUUGUCAGGAGGAAGAGGGAAGGAUGGGGCACCCAUUAUAACCUUUCCAGAAUUUGCAGGAUUCAGUGACAUACCUGAUGAAGAUUUUCUGAACGUGGUGACUUAUCUAACCAGCAUUCCCAGUCUGGAGGCUGCCAGCAUCGGCUUCAUCAUCAUCAUAGACAGACGACGGGACAAAUGGAGCGCGGUCAAGGCAUCCCUGACACGGAUAGCAGGAGCGUUCCCAGGAAACCUGCAGCUGGUGUUUGUCCUGCGACCCUCCCGCUUUAUCCAAAGGACAAUCGCUGACAUUGGCAUUAAACUCUAUCGAGAUGACUUUAAAAUGAAGGUACCGAUCAUCAUGUUAAAUUCCGUCUCUGAUCUGCAUGGCUAUAUCGACAAAAGUCAGCUGACGCGGGAGCUGGGAGGAACCCUGGAGUAUGGCCACAGUCAGUGGAUACAUCACCGAACGGCUAUUGAAAACUUUGCGAUGACAGUAAAAACAACAGCACAGAUGCUACAGACCUUUGGAACAGACCUCGCAGAGACUGAACUUCCCAACGACGUGCAGUGCACGGAGGAGCUCCUCUCCGCACACACCGACCACCACAGCAAGCUGAAGGAUGAGCUGAAACUAGCUGUGAAGCAGGGGGCCACCCUGCUGACAUGCAUUAGGGAGCCAGUCACCCGAAGCGCCAACAGCAAGCUCAGUCCAGAUGAACUGGAAAAUGUGGCAACAGUGGAAAGGUUGUUGGCUCAGUUGGAUGAAACAGAAAAGGCUUUUGAUCAAUUUUGGACCAAGCAUCACCUCAAACUAGAACAAUGCCUGCAGCUUCGACACUUUGAACAUGAUUUUAGAGAGGUGAAACUGGCAUUGGAUAAUCUCAUGGAAGGGCAGGCAGGCUUUGCUGACAUUGGAGACAGCGUGACUCGAGUGGAGCACCUCCUUAGGGAACAGAAACAACUGGAAGAGAAAGGACAGGAACCGUUGGAGAAGGCCCAGUCUUUAGCUCUCCAUGGAGAACAGCUCAUCCAAAACAACCAUUACGCAGUUGACUCCAUUAGACCAAAGUGUGUUGAACUCAGGCGUAUUUGUGAUGAUUUCACCAAUGAGACCAAGAAAAAGUAUGAUAUUUUGGGAAAGUCUCUUGAGCUGCAUAAGCAGUUAGAUAAGGCAAGCCAAUGGUGCGAAGCUGGAAUCUACCUCUUGGCUUCCCAAGCUGUGGACAAGUGCCAGUCACAAGAGGGAGCUGAAACUGCACUCGUUGAAAUUGAAAAAUUCCUGGUAACAGCCAAGGAACACCAGCUCUCUAACCCGAAGGAGUUCUACAAUCAGUUUGACAUGAUCCUGACCCCCGAAAUAAAGGCCAAUGCCCAAAGAAUUCUACAAAAACUAGAAGAUGUACAAGAAAUGUUUGACAAGAGGCAAGUAAGCCUGAAGAAGCUGGCAGCCAAACAGACCCGGCCAGUACAACCUGUUGCCCCACAUCCUGAAUCUUCCCCAAAGCGAGCAUCACCAAAGAUUACCAGACCAGCAGGAGUAGCUGCCAACAGGAGGUCCACAGAAAUUUCCUGUCCCCCAAAGUCCAUUUCUGAAGUUGAAUUAUCAAAAAAGAAAAACAUUAAGAAGACUAAAGGUGGAAUUAAGAUUGAAGUGAUGCAUGAAGCCAGUCAAGGAGGAUCUAGCAGAGUGCUGGUGAUGAGUGAAAGCGAUGAGAACUUGUCGACAAGGAGAAGCCACAUAAUCAACGAGCUGAUAGAAACAGAACGGGUUUACGUAGAAGAACUUCAAAGUAUAAUAGAGGGGUAUGCUUCAGAAAUGGACAAUCCCAGUUUAGUACAUCUGAUUCCAUCGUCACUCCAGAACAAGAAGGAAAUUCUUUUUGGGAACCUCCCAGAAAUCUACGAAUUCCACAACAGGAUUUUCCUUAAGGAGAUAGAAAAUUGCAUUGAAAACCCUGAGCUUCUUGCCCGAUGCUUUUUGAAAAGAAAAGAGGACCUCCAGAUAUACGAAAAAUACUGCCAGAACAAGCCGAGGUCUGAAGCUCUCUGGAGGCAGUGCGGAGACAGCAUCUUUUUCCAGGAAUGCCAGCGCAAAUUGGAUCAUAAACUCUCGUUAGAUGCUUAUCUCUUAAAGCCAGUCCAGAGAAUCACCAAGUACCAGUUGCUGUUGAAGGAAAUGCUGAAGUGCAGCAAGAAUUCAGAGGGUACCGCCGAAUUGGAAGAAGCUCUGGCCACAGUGCUUGAUAUCAUCAAAUCAGUGAAUGACUCCAUGCACCAGAUAGCCAUCACAGGAUACGAGGGGGACGUCAGUGAGCUUGGCAAGCUGUUGAUGCAAGGUUCCUUCAAUGUGUGGACUGACCACAAGAAGGGGCACAACAAAGUGAAGGACUUGGCUAGAUUCAAACCGAUGCAGAGACACCUCUUCCUCUAUGCAAAGAUGCUACUUUUCUGCAAGAAACGGGAGGAGAACACAGAUGGCCAUGAGAAGACGGCUUCAUACAGCUUUAAAAAUUCUUUAAAGAUGAGCACCGUGGGCAUUACAGAAAAUGUAAAAGGGGAUAACAAGAAGUUUGAGAUCUGGUAUAAUGGCAGAGAGGAGGUCUAUAUCAUUCAGGCAUCUUCCGUUGAGCUGAAAAACACCUGGAUUUCAGAGAUUCGCAAAGUCCUGACAGGACAGCUGGAAGCAUGUAGAGAAGCAAGUCAACUGCACCAAAGAAUCACUGAGAGCGUAUACCACGCACCAAUGGAGUCCUCCAACGCCAGCAGGUAUAGCAGGAAGUCAUCAAGUGUGUACGAGAACAAGUCGGAGACAUCAAACGUGGAAGCAUCUAACAAUAAAAACAGGAAUUCCAGUCCCAGCGCCAGACAAAAGAGAGUUGAUGCUUCCACCAGCCUUAACCUUGAGCGCACAGCGCUUGCUAGAAAGCGAUUCACAUUGCAAGGUCUUUCCAACCGCAGAGCUCCACCCAAAGAUCCAGAAUCUAAGGAAAGAGAAGUUACCCGUCGCUUUUCCCUAGCCUCCUCCAUCAGCACCACAGUUAACGCUUCUGCUGUGACCAAAGGUCCCCUUGUUCCUGCAGUUAAAGUCAAGAGACAUGAGAUAAAGAGUGACCCAACUCCUCUGGGGUUUGAAGAUGCUUUUGAGAACACCAUUUUGGCCCAGACUAAAUGUAAUACCGGUUCCACCACGAGACCCGUACCUAGAUCUGCUUCACAGACAGGCUGGCCCAGCAGGCAAAUGCCGUCUCUAGACACGUUUGAAGAUUUUGAAGCCAUCCCCUCCAGCACGGAUGAACUCUCCAACUCCUCUGACUUGGAGGAAGAGACCAACCCCAACAACGGGACCAAUCUCUUUCGGGUAGAAGGCAGUUUUGACAGCUGUUUCCCGGAUUCUCUUACGCUCGAGGAUGGAGAUUUAGUGCAGUUUGUGCAGGAAGGAGAGAACGGUCAAUGGUUAGUGAAGAAACUGGUCUCUGAGAAAAGCGACUGGGUUCCUUCCAGUAUAUUGCAGCCAGCAGAGGGGGACAGUAACAACAUAAUGAAGAACAGCAAUGCAGACAUGUACAACGAUUCCUGCAGCACGGCCUCGGUAGAGUCGGACACCAAGGAGAGCGAGGUGGCCAAAAGCUUCCCAGCAGAGCAGAGGGCUGGCAGCUGAGCAGCAGGACCAGCCUUCCUCGGGACCCCAUCCACCUCUGGCUGUUUUGGGUGGAUGCUGGAUCAAAGUUGCCUUUCUCACAAGCUCUGAGGUUCGUGAUUCACUAGAACUUUAUCAGCAUGAACAGAUGAGAACUGUGCUGUCCACCUGGCAAGCUGGGAAAAACAAACUUGAAAGGAGCAUUAAACAUCCGGAAAGCGUCAAAACCCACCUUCAGUAUUAGAGCAGAAAAAUGCUUCUCGCAUUGAUUAUCAAACCGGUUCAGAAGAUGUGGCCUAAAUUAGGUCGACAGCAGAGCUGCAGAGCCACUAUGCACACACCUUUGGGCAGCUUUGCUCGAGCACGGAGUUACCGCAGAGGGACACACGUGUGGUUACGAGUUCUUGCUCUACCAUGGCGUCGCCUGGAGGUUUUUCCAUUUGCUUGCCUCUGGCUGUGCCUUGCCCGUCCUCCUUAAUUCCAGCUGAUGCAUCACAAAUGUGCCCUUUUUGCUGAUGGUCAACACCAAAAACAUCCCAUUUUAGGGAGGCUGUGGAAAGGAAGCUUCUGACUUGGACCAUAAGAGGGGCUUCGCGCAGCAACGACGUGACUCCUCUUGCGGUGGCACAGCGAGCGACCUGCUGCGGCCAGCGUUGUCGGGAUGGUGCAGACGCAGCUCCUGGCUACGAGGUGGAGGUGCAGAGCUUCGCAGGGAGGCAUGGACGUGUGACAGCUACCGUGACAGAGAACAUGUUGAACUCCUUUUACAAUACAAGUCAUUCCGCUGCCCCCUCUGCGGUCUGUAGUUGCUGGAUCACAACCCUUUGCAUUUGGUGGCGAGAGCUGAACUGAAUGCCGUGUAACGUCAUAUGUUAGUAGACUGCAUGCUUUCUUUGUGCGCUGGGCUAUGGAGUAGAUACAUUUCACCCCUCAUUUGGAAUAUACUUAAGCAUUGCAAAUAGGCAGUGAGCACGAGAUGCUCCGACGAGUGGAUAAAGUGUUGUUGUUAAAGACUUCUUUCCAGGACAUUUGAUUACAGGACUGUACCAAAUCUCUGCCGCAUAAGGAUGUAAUGUAUCAUAUAAAGCGAUUACAGAUGUUAUAAUUCCUAUACAAGCCAUUAGCUCAUUUAGAGCAGCUGUUAAGGCGGGAAGGCAUUUUGAUGGUAAUUGGGUCUUAGGUCCCACAAAAGCUGCUAAUCCUUUAGUAAAGAUAAGUAUUGACCGAGGGCUGCAAACAGGCAAAGACCAGCCUGGUAGAAAUGACCCCAGAAGCUCAGGAGUGAGUGUUUGGCUUUCGCUAUUUAGGGGUUUUGUUGUUUAACCCCGAGACUAGUGGUGCUCUGUGUAAAUAACAAAGGGGACGAAAGCACUAAAAAUGGAGAUGAAGCAAAACCAAAACCCACUCUUUAGUGACUGAGCGGAAUAGUAGGAGUCUGUAUUGUUUCCGUGAUCAUCUUUGCAGGGACACGGACGUUUUUCCUUGUGUCUCAGCGGAGGCUGGCGUUGCAAAUACCGUAGUGUGUGAGUCAGGAUAGCUGUGGAGCAGGUAGAUAGUCCCAUUCCAGAAAAAGCCUUGGAGCAGGUAAAGGCCGAUUCGGAUUUUGUUUGCCUGUGAAGGCUUCUUGGUUAAUUAGGAGUUGCACUGUCGUGAUGAGUUCCCACGGUUCUUCUAACCAUCAGUAUCUAAACUCUUGAUUUCUGUCGCUUUCCGUUCAUGACUAAAGGACCUGAGAGUUCUGGACCUUUUUGGAAGCGAAUUGUGUCCUACGGAGAUAAGAGCAUCUGCUUUGUGCUGGUCAUUUACCUUAGAAGUGACAGGUGGGCACUCAGGGACACGAAUCCCAUUCGUCCACUGUAGUUACGAGCGGCUUGAGGGAAGACUUGUUUCCUUUCAGCCCCUAACGAAAUAUGCAGUGAUGUUUUCUUGUGGUGCAAUUAUUUUAUCCUCUCCCUAAAAUGAGUUCGUUUUGGUUUCUGUAUUACUUUCAGUAAUAUUUGCACGGCCCCCGCCCUGAGGAGAGGAGAGGGGCAGGGAGCUUUGAUUGCACAUUGAUAACUUUUGUGUGUGUGUGUGUGUGUGUGAGAGACGGGGGUUACCCUGGGUAUACGGAAUUGCCAAAAUUAGGAUUUGUGACAUUGCUGACAGAUGGAAAGGUGCAACCCUGCACUUUGGCGGAAUUCCUUCUAACGGUGACAUGGCAGUGGGCAGUCUCUGAACCGACGACGGAGAAUCAGGUACUGCCAGUCCGUCUCCUCCCUCUGCUGAGUGCAGGGUGACAGCGUGCCAGCCCCGUAUCCCCUGGUGCCUCGACGUCUCCCUCUAAAAUGGAGGCUGUGGGAUUUCCCACGUGUCGAAUUCUGUUGCUAAAUUUUAGCAUGUAUGCAAAAGUUGGGGCCCCUCCAGGGGAGAGCAAAGCAUUCGACCCCUUACGUCCCACUGCGACCUCCAUGAGUGUCGGUGGCAUCCCGCGGGGCAGUCGAGAGCUGGAGCAGGGGAGAGGGUUGCUGCAGAACUGUGUCCUCUCUGCCGGCUCACCAGCGCGUCGGGACACCUGCAGAGGUAUGGGCUGGAUUAUAACAAUCCUCCUCCCUACUUUGCUUUCAAAAUCAAUUCUUUUUUUCCCCCCAAAAUCUCAUGUUUCAUACUGUUGGACCAAAGUUUGAGUCAUUGCUGCACCAUGAAUGUCCCGAGGGUGCAGGUGACCCCCUGCCCGUGGCCGUGUGCCGCAGCGGCGCAGCGCCUGGUCUCAGCGGUCUCUGGGAGCUGAGCAUCUCACCGCUGUCCUCGGGCGCGGCGGAACCCGAGCAGGGACCCCACGGCCGUUAAUUGUGUCCUUACCCAUCCUGCAGUGCCGGUGAGCCAAAGGCACCUGCCCGUUUCUGUCUCCACGUGCUGAACUCAGAGGGUCCCGCCACCAUCGCAGCUGCUCCGGGGUAACGGGGCCCUUUCCCUGGGCGCUGCCGCAGGGCGGGCGGCAGGAGCUGGUGCCGCGCCGCCGCUGUCGCGCUCUUGGAGCACGAAGUUCAGUGCCAGACCAGGCUGCUGACAAGCCUGAGAGCAGCCAGCAAGAAGUAACCUUCUGGCUUUGCUGAGGAGACAAAAUGGGGCUUGGUGACUUUUUUUUUUAAUAGCAGACAGGAUAGUCUUGUAAUUAGUGCAUUUCUGUCAAGCAAGGUGAUAAUUAAGGGAAUGACUCUCCAUGUACAGUCUAGAAUAUGAUCUGGUAAUGCCCAGCGAGACUAAUGUGUACAUUAAGGUAUAUUUAUUCUGUAUGUAGAUCUUUGACACCAUCAUUUUCAGGUAGAUGGACCCAAAAAUCAUAGUUUCCAAACACGGAUUUCAUUUCAGUGUUGUUUGGAGAUGAUUUAGUGACCAGAAAGUCGUUUAAAAGGAGUGGUUGCUGCUCCGUUUCAGCUGUAGACGAGACAAAUCCCAAGGCAAAUCUCUGCUGCAGCAGCUCUCGUGGCUGAGCAUCGUGCUCCUGCCGCCUGAGAGCAGUCGGCGGUGGCUGCCUGGCCGUUCCCUCCGGGGCGGGCGCCGCGAGAGUUGCCUUCCAGGGAGCUGGGACUUGGAUCUUCUCCCUCUGCUCUGCUGCCAGCUCCUGUGAGCCUCGCAGAGCCCUCCCAGCCUCGGCACCCUGCCCUCGCUGGGCCGCAGGCUCCUUCCGCGCUGGGGGUAACGACAGCCAGGGACGGGCAGCUGCCACCAUGCGUAAGUCUCGCUUUUAGUAAACCAGGCGACACGUAAGCGGGCCUGACCCCCUGCUCCUCUCGCCUCGGACCCACCGGCUGGAGGGACAGACCAGUGCUCACUGCCUGGGUCAUCCACGGCUGCGGCCAAACCGUGUCGGAGCACUGGCUUUUCGUGCCAGUGACAACAAAGCUGCGCGUGUGUCUUAGGUUCCGGUUGUGUAUGUGAUGAAAAACCAUUUUAUUAUCCAUAAUUUUCUUAGAGUCUGAGAUUUCAAACCAGAUUGGGUAUGAGAAAGGCCAUGCGCUUCCUUUCCAAAAAUACUCAAAGCCUGACUUCCAACAUACAUAUGACUAGAAAUAUAUAAGAAUAAUAAGCAAAAAGAGCCAAAUUGUGUAUUUCUUCUUGCAGCUGGAGCUGAAAUAGCUGCUAAGAUUUCCUCUCCCCAGCUGAGAAUUGGUACAGUUUGUUUCUCUUGCGUAUUUUCCAUGGUGUUGAUAAUGAUGUGUUUGUAUAUUGUGGCUGAUGAGAGAUAAUCAGACAGGGAAAGAGCGCAGAAUUACCUGUCCUUUUUUUUUUUCCAGUCGAGACAGAAUGUAUGAAUUUAUUACAAGAAAAAAGUGUGCAAAUGAACUUUCUGUAAUUAGGCCAUUUGACCUGUGUAGAACCCCACUUUGUUUGAAAUUUAUAAAAAUUAUAACUAGUACAAAACAUGUGGUUGAUGUCUCUAUAUGAAGUAACAAGUCCAGUGAGCUUUCCUUGCGUUCACAAUGAAUGAGUAACAGUGAAGGCACACAAA